AUGGCAGCCACGGAAAAGCGCCCUGAAAUCAUCGAGCUUUCGCGCAGUCUACGCGGGGUCCCACAAUGCGAAGACUACGAGCGUAUGAUCUCGGGAAUGAUGUACAAUCCCACUAUUCCCAAGUUAUUGGAAGCACGUCACCUAUGUCGUGGUCUUACAGCCGACUAUAACAACCUAGACACGAAGACCGUGCCUUAUGAUCAAAUAGCCGAUAAGCGACUUGAGCUCUUGCGCAAAUUGGUUGGCAGAGUGGGAGAUGGUACUUUCGUGGAACCACCGUUUCUCCCCGAUUAUGGAUGCAAUAUUAUAAUCGGUCGGGAUUGCUUUAUCAAUUGGAAUGUUACCAUUCUUGAUACAAGCCUGGUUGUUAUUGGUGAUCGGGUCCAAAUUGCGACUGGAGUUGGUAUUUUUACUGCUGGUCAUGAUACCAGUGUUCUGUCCAGGCAGAAAAAUGUCGAAUUCGGUCACCCGGUCUUUAUUGAAGACGAUUGCUGGAUUGGUGGGAAUGUGGUGAUUCUUCCUGGUGUUCGGAUUGGCAAGGGCUGCACGAUUGGUGCUGGGUCUAUCGUGACCAAGGAUAUCCCGCCCUAUUCUGUUGCGGUGGGAAGUCCUUGUCGUGUGUUGAAGACUGUUCCAUCACCAGAGGAGGAGGAGAAGGAUCCGAAUAAUCCUUACCGACACUUGGUCCAUCAGGGCUACUAA